UCAGCUGCUGCAUCGUAACAGCUCCAAGUACCAACAGCAUGAGGUGGUAGGGGCAAAGGCGAAUAAGGUAUUUGGAGCAGGAGCCGCCAUGUCACCUGAAGACACAGAGAUAUCCUGAGACCGUACCCUUCUCCCCAACCCUGGGAUCCUCCAUCUUCUGGUAACAGCUGUGCCAACCCAACAAAGGAGGGAUCAUGACUUCUGUUCUCUACGGUGCCCGCUUUCAGCUGGAUGAGAACAUGGAACGGAUGCAGGAGGGGACAAUGAUGCGCAAGGUGAAGUCCAAAAACUGGAAGAAACAACGGUACUUCAUGUUAAAGGAGGACUGCAUGACCAUUUGGUACAAGUCCAAGAUGUCUGGCAAGGCCAAGUCUGCAUUUUCAGUGAGUGAUGUGGAGACAGUUCGUGAGGGGCACCAGUCAGAGGUGCUGCAGAGUCUAGCUGAGGAGUUCCCAAAUGAGUGCUGUUUCACCGUUGUCUUCCAUGGCCGCCGUAGCAACCUAGACUUAAUUGCUGGCUCAGCUGAGGAAGCACAGUGUUGGAUCCAAGGCCUGCGGCGCUUGGUGGAAAUUGUCACGAACAUGGACCAAAGGGAGAAGAUAGAUCAAUGGAUCUGUGACUGGUUCCUGAAAGCUGAUAAAGACAAGGAUGGGCGCAUGAACUUCAAGGAGGUGCAACACUUACUCAGGAUGAUGAAUGUGGCUAUGAAUGAGGACCAUGCCUUCCGACUCUUCCAGAUGGCUGACAAAUCUGAAUCAGGGACGCUGGAGGGGGAGGAGUUUGUGCUGUUCUACAAAGCACUCACUCAGCGGGAUGAAGUGCUUGAGAUCUUCCAGCAGUACUCGGAAGACAGCAAGAAGCUGACGCUGCUGGAGUUUGUGGACUUCUUGCAGCAAGAGCAGAUGGAGGUUGAUGGCACUGAUGAGCUUGCCAUGGAGCUGAUUGACAGAUUUGAGCCAUCUGAGACAGCCAAGGCUCGCCAUGUCCUGAGCAUUGAUGGGUUCCUCAUGUACUUGUAUUCACCUGAUGGCUCCAUCUUCAAUCCUGAGCAUAGGAAGGUCUUCCAGGACAUGUCUCAACCCCUCUGCCAUUACUUUAUCUCCUCCUCUCAUAACACAUACCUGAUGGAGGACCAGCUGCGAGGACAGAGCAGUGUUGAGGGAUACAUCAGGGCUUUAAAGAGAGGCUGUCGGUGCCUAGAGGUGGAUUGCUGGGAUGGAUCAAACGGGGAGCCCAUUGUCUACCACGGCCACACCUUCACCUCUAAGAUCCCCUUCAGGGAAGUUGUGACAACCCUUGAGAAAUAUGCAUUCCGGGCUUCCGAUUACCCUGUUAUCCUGUCUAUUGAAAACCACUGCAGCAUAGAGCAGCAGGAUAUAAUGGUGCAACAGCUGAAAGGAAUUCUGGGAGAGCAGCUCCUCACCACCACUAUUGAUGGGCGGGUCCCUGUGCAGCUGCCUUCACCCGAGGAACUGAAGGGCAAGAUCAUUCUGAAGGGGAAGAGGAUUGGCUAUCUGGAGGAUUCUCUGAAUGGGCAACCAGAUGAGGUGCCUGAGCAGGAAGAUAUGGAGGAGGAGGAGGAGGAAGAGGGGCCUGAGGCAGAGGAAGAAGCCCUGCGCAACGAAGACAAGAGGAAAGAGAAGAAAGCGAAACAGUCCCUCUCCAAGGAGCUUUCAGACUGUAUUGUCUACUGCAAGAGUGUGCCCUUCUGCAGCUUCCAGCAUUCCCGUAGCCAUUACAAGCCUUAUGAGAUGUCUUCCUUCACUGAAUCCAAGGCCCGCAAGCUCAUCCGGGAAGCUGGAAAUGACUUUGUCCGCCAUACUGCCUGGCAGUUGGCACGCAUCUUUCCCAGUGGGCUGCGGACUGACUCCUCCAAUUACAACCCCAAGCCAAUGUGGAACGUGGGAUGUCAGAUGGUGGCUUUGAAUUUUCAGACCGCUGGUGCAGAGAUGGACCUGUAUGAUGGGCUCUUCAGUCAAAAUGGCCGCUGUGGCUAUGUGUUGAAGCCAAGUUUCAUGAGGGACACAGAGACAAAUUUCAGUCCUGAGAAUCCCCAAGGCAUAGGCGACAGGAACCCGCUGACAUUAAUUAUUAAGGUUAUUAGUGGGCAACAGCUCCCCAAGAUGCCCAACAGCAAGGAAGGCUCCAUUGUAGACCCACUAGUGCGCGUGGAGAUUCAUGGUGUCCCUGGUGACAGUGCCAAGCAGGAGACAAAAUAUAUUGAUAACAAUGGUUUUAAUCCACAAUGGGGUGAGUCGUUUCAGUUCCAAGUGUGGGUACCAGAGCUGGCACUUUUGCGCUUUGUGGUAGAAGAUUAUGACAUGGCAUCAAGGAAUGACUUUGUGGGGCAGUACACGCUACCUCUUACCAGUGUCAAAUUAGGAUACCGCCACAUCCACCUUCUUUCCAAGGAUGGCACAGGGAUCCCACCAGCCUCCCUCUUUGUCCACAUCCACAUCCGGGAGACAUCAUCUGAAACGGACUGAUUCACACAACUGCAUCGCAGCCUUCUUUCUGCUCCACUUUACUUUGGAAAAAUGUGGGUGUGUAAAGAAGAUAAGAAUUCUGUGGAAGGAUGCCAUAUUACACCAUCUGCCUGCCUCUUUCUUGCUCCUAUGUAGAAUUGGACUGAGCAGAAAUGCUACUUUGCACUGAUACAGGUUUUUCUUUUUGAAAAAAAAAUAUUUUUGUAUAAUUUUGCUAUUUAUUUUUAAAAUUUAAAUUAUUGUGAUUUCCACAGAUCCUGCAUCCUUCAACCCUUUGCAGUAAUUCUGUCCAUUCAUAUGGUUCUGUUAUAGAAGCUACCUCCAUUGCACGUGGAUGACAAACUAAUUCACUACACCCAGGAGCAGAAUCAAUUGCAAGGCAGAGCAAGUUGCCUUUAUAACCUUCUCCUUCAGUCAUAUAUUUCCAAAUAAAUAAAUGAACUAAUAAAGGGCAUUUCCCCCACCUGUCUACUAGGUGAGUCCUCCUCACCUGAGCAAGGAAAUAAGUUUGGCCUUUAAGCAGUAGCGGGACAAUGAAUUAUCAAGCGGUUCCUGCCUACAGUGGCAAUACUUGAUGGAGAAGAUAUAGAAACCCAAAUGUAGCUCUUGUAGCAACAUCUUUUACCCAGAGAGAUGGAUCCUCCGAACAGGAAGAAGAUAGAAUGUUGAGUUGUUGAUUCUUUUCCUUCCAAACUGAACAGGAGGAAAGUGAAACUCGACAACAUUCCUCCCACUGUAGAGGACCAUAGCAGGAUUUCCCCUUUCUCUAGAUCCUGGUAGUAGCCUCUUUGCUAUUCCUGUCCUCCAGUUAACUGGCUGGAAAGCUCAGUGAGGUGGAGCACAAAGGUCAGGAAUUCCAUGCCCCACUGUGCCUUGGAAAAGAACAUCCUCCUCUGUGGUUUGGUCAAGCUACAUACUGUAGUCCCAAACUGCCACCGGAAGAGUGCCAUGGUAAGCCACUUCUUUAUAAGCUAUACCUAGAAAACCCUGGAAAAGGGUUGCCGUAAGUCAGAAAUGACUUGGCACCAUGUAAUUAGUUAACUUAUUAAAGCUAGCAGUUAACAAGUUCACCUAAGUAAUGUUUAUUACGAUGACAUGCAUGUGUAAAGCAACUAUUACAUGUCAGAAGUCGUGUAUGAAAUUACUAACAACACUCUCCAUAGUGGGGGCAGUUUAAUUAUAGGCAAAAGUUAUCAAGUGAUAAUACACUCAAUCCAUGAAUAUGCUCACUCAUGGAAUAGCAAAAACCUCUUCUACAGAUUUUUUUUUUUUAGUACUAUCCACAGCAUGGAAAGAAUACCAGCUCUGUCAGAUCAAUGGACUUGGCUUUUUAUCAAGCAUUUGUUGACCAAGGAGAUCUGUCAGCCAGCUGCAGACUAAACCAGGUUUAUAUCUUAAAAGAUGUGGGCUAGAUCUGAAUCAGCUUCUUACACUAAUUCCAAGGAGGAGGAGUUAAGACACAGAUGAUAGUUUCUUUUUCAUGAAGAAUGCAACAUGAACAAUUAUAAAGGGGUUUCUCCGGAAGAAUUCUUCCUGGUAGGAACAUUCUGCCAUUUUAUAAAGUCUCAGUUGAAAUCCCUUUUUAAAAAACAGUUGUAUUAACUGCCCAUCAAGAGGUUUAAUCUGCUCGAGGCCUGUCCUGUCGCUUGAAGCCAGGAUGUGGCCAUUUAUUCUUGAUAUUGCAAAGGCUGAUCUCUUGUGCUUUUAGGCUCUUCCUACAGUGGUUUAAAGCUGUAAUAAUUAGAAAUGGGACAUGCUAACCUUCCACAUAGGAGGCAGAGGGCUGUGGCUGGUUACUGGCAGGCAUUUCUGAAGGAUUUAACAUUUACUGUAACAAAGGUAGCAAAGGCAAACACAGGAGCAAUAAUAGUGUAAAAGUUGACUCAAUCUUAAAUUGAUCUCAGUUGAAGACCCCUGGCUAGUACACUGAAUAUCUCAAGAUAUAGCUAAAUAGGAGAAACCGCUGUGGUCAUGAGGCAUAUGGCAGCAUCACCCCAGAACGUCCUUGCUGGGUUACAACAUGCACCGUGGGUGUAUCCCUUUUCUUUGUUUGUUAAGUCCCCCCUGUUCUGUCCAACCCUCUUUCUUUAACUCAGGUUCUCUUUUACAGGUGCAAUAUAUACAGCAUUGCAUGGAAAGCCAUUAUAUUCCAAAUAUGUACUGCCUCCUUUGUAAGGGGCAGCAGCCCCAUGUAUCCAGGUGAAAAUAAAAGGAUGUUCUAAACUUCUGCCAAGAUAGAGAAGGGGGUGUCUAUCAGUCAUUCUGUAAUUAUAUUACUUAUCAGACAGGAAAGGAAUCAAAGGAUGAGGUUGAAGUAAGUGAUAGUAUCC